UGUUCUUAAAAAAGGAACUCAGCAAGACCCUUGAUCAAGAUUAUGAAAAGAAUAAUGAAUAUAGACAGCUAUUGAUUCAGUCUAUUCAUGGAUGCGCAAUCAAAUUUUCUGAAGUUGCAGCGAAUGUUGUUCAUGUGCUCAUGGAAUUCCUAGGAGAUUCAAAUAAUCCUGCUGCUAUCGAUGUAAUUGCAUUUGUUCGUGAGGUAGUGGAAAAGUUUCCAAACCUACGAUCAUCAAUAACGGAGAAAUUGCUCGAAACGUUUAUGGAUGUUAAAUCUGGAAAAGUAUUUCGAGGUGCCUUAUGGAUUGUAGGAGAGUACUGUACAGAAUGUCAAG